AUGCUGUGGCCGAGGCUGGCGGCGGCCGAGUGGACAGCACUGGCCUGGGAGCUCCUGGGCGCGUCGGUGUUGCUAAUCGCCGUGCGCUGGCUGGUGCGGCGGCUGGAGAAGCGGCCGGGGCGGCUGGACCGGAGCAAGGCCCCUGCCCCGCCGCCCCGCGGUCCGUCGGCCGCAGCUCCAAGCUCUGGUGAAAUGACAAUGGAUGCCAUCUUGGCUCGAUUGAAACUCCUGAAUCCAGAUGACCUUCGAGAAGAAAUUGUCAAAGCUGGACUGAAAUGUGGACCCAUUACAUCAACCACAAGGUUCAUUUUUGAAAAAAGGUUGGCUCAGGCUUUAUUAGAACAAGGAAGAGCUUUGACUUCCUCUCCUCCAAACCAGGCUGUGGCAGGCAUUACCGCUCUCAGCCAAGAAGCACAGUGGAUUUUAAAAUGUGCUGUUGGGAAUGCAACUGAAGGGUCCAAUUUAUCUGACGACAGAGAUUUUGGUUACAGUGUGGGCUUGAAUCCUCCUGAGGAGGAUGCCAUAAUGCCCAAGACCUGCUCAGCAGCCUUCAGGGCCCCGGAGGAGGUCGGUGCCCACAGAGGGCCUGUGGCCGCCUCCAAAGAACCUCUUCUGUACUAUGGAGUGUGCCCGGUGUAUGAGGACAUCCUGGCGAGAAACGAAAGGAUUCAUGUUUAUGAGGAUAAGAAGGAAGCCUUGCAGGCUGUUAAAAUGAUCAAGGGAUCUCGAUUCAAAGGUUUUCCAAGCAGAGAAGAGGCUGAGAAAUUUGCAAGAGGAAUAUAUGAUUAUUUCCCUUCAAGCAGAGCCCCCUUACCACUUUCUCCUGUGAAAGCUGCACCAGCCUCUAGCAAUGGUGGGUUAAAAGAUGGUUUGUGCUCACCAGACUCAGAGACAGUGAACAGAGAGCGAGCGAACAGUUAUAAAAAUCCUCGUACACAGGACCUCACAGCCAAACUGCGCAAAGCUGUGGAGAAGGGAGACGCAGAUGCCUUUUUGGAUCUUGUCUGGAGUAAUCCCCGGUAUCUAAUCGGUUCUGGGGACAACCCCACCGUUGUGCAGGAAGGAUGUCGGUACAAUGUGAUGCAUGUGGCUGCCAAGGAAAACCAAGCUUCUCUCUGUCAGCUGACGUUGGAAACUCUGGAGAACUCUGAGUUCAUGCGGCUCAUGUACCCAGAUGACGAUGAAAACAUGUUACAGAAGCGUAUCUGCUACAUAGUUGACUUGUAUCUGAACACGCCUGACAAGAUGGGCUACGACACACCCUUGCAUUUUGCUUGCAAGUUUGGGAAUGCAGAUGUAGUCAACGUCCUUUCUUCCCACCCUUUGACUGUAAAAAAUUUAAGGAAUAAAUAUGACAAGAUGCCUGAAGAUGUAAUUUGUGAAAGAAGUAAAAACAAGUCUCUAGAAUUGAAGGAGCAAAUCAGAGAAUAUUUACAGGGUCACUACUACGUGCCACUCCUGCGAGCAGAGGAUACGUCUUCUCCAGUGAUUGGGAAGCUGUGGUCCUCAGACCAGACUGCUGAGGUGCCGCACACUGGCCAUUUUGGGGGCAGCCCCCGUGACCCUGUUCUGACCCUGAGAGCCUUCGCGGGGCCCUUGAGUCCGUCCAAGGCGGAAGAGUUCCGUAAACUCUGGAAAACUCCACCCAGGGAGAAAGCAGGUUUCUUCCAUAAUGUCAGGAAGUCCGACCCAGAAAGAGGCGUGGAAAGAGUGGGAAGGGAACUAGCACAUGAGCUGGGGUACCCCUGGGGUGAAUACUGGGAAUUCCUCGGCUGUUUUGUUGAUCUGUCUUCCCAGGAAGGCCUACAGAAACUGGAAGAGUAUCUCACUCAGCAAGAAAUGGGCAAAAAGACCCAACAAGAACUGGGAGAAAACGGAGCUCUUCUCUACGACCAGGUCUCCACCUCUGGCGGUGAUAAAAAGGGCAGUAACUCCAUUUCCGUGAGGGCAUUUCUAGAUGAAGAUGAGGACGUGAACUUGGAAGAAAUUAAGAACUGGCAAAAUACAGCUCGGAAUGCGAGCCAGCCCCUGGCCGGGGCCUUUGGAGACUCAGCACAUGACAUUCUUCUGGUGGGACAGGACACGCAGCUCAGAGACAGCCCAGACGCAAGUGGCAUGUGUGCCAGCAGUAACGGGCCCUGCAGUCCUCGGAGUCAGGCAAGGCUGCGAAGAGGACAGAGGCUGACGCCCCGUGCUGGGGAGGGCUCCCUUUUGUCCCCUGUCUCCGGCUUAACUGUUGAGUUUGAGAAACUGAAUCUGCAGAAUCUGGCAAGUAGGCUUUGUAAGACACCAGAUAACACAGAAACGAAAGAUAAGAGUGUUCUGGCUCCAAGAGGAGACUCGGAGGGAAGUGGUUUGUUAGAACCUGCUUCUGCUGCAGAACCACUUGGGAAUAACCAGCUAAGGACAGGAAAUGAAGUGCCAGCUGAGAUUGCUGCCGCUCUGGAUCCUGACAGUCCCAGGCACCAGGUCCUGCGUGGCUGUGACCCUGAACUGCGGUCUGUGCCAGCCUCUCCAGCACCUGCGGAGCCGGUUGCAAGGCCCUUCCUGCUUGGAGAGCCAUCGAAACUGGACCGGGAUGUGCUGGCCGCCCUACAUUGUGUGGAUGUUGACCCUCAGCAGUACCCAGCUGUCCUCCGGUGGAGGGAUGCUGUACUGGCCUACUCGCCCUCCGACAGACAGAGUUGGCCAAGCCCUGCGUUGGAAGGGAAGUUCAAGUCUCAGCGGCUGGAUCUUGGUUCUGCUCACAGCUGCAGCUCAGAAAGAUGUGGGCCUGCUCUUGGCAGUCCAGGGAAGCCCAGUGGCUCCCCGUACUUGCCUGGCAUGGGCAGCCCCAGGCGGUACACCCCUGCGCACGGGAGCCACCUCCGUAGGAUGGCGCACUUGGCCGAGCUGGCAGCCCUGUAG